CAGGGUACAAGUGGCGCCGAUUUGCAAAGGGAUUUGCCCCGCAGAGAAUAGGGGCUGGACUCAACAUUUCACGUCAGUUUCCAGUCGGUGCGUCCAAUUAUGGACUACGAAUCCCAGCAGUCUCUGUCGAUGGUCGUUUAUUCCGGUUCCGGGCACUGGGAGUUUCUUGGUUGAAAUCGAUUUAGUCGGAGCAGUGGCAGAGAGUCGCGAUUGGUAGUGUGUGUGGGCAGAAACAGGAUUCCUUCGCCUACCUGGGGACCUACCUCUGCCUCCUUGGAGACCUUGAAGUUCUACACCAGAAAUGGCCAAGCCGGAGGGUAAUAAACUAUGGGGUGGAAGAUUUGUAGGAAGCAUUGAUCCAAUUAUGGAGAAGUUUAAUGCUUCUGUUUCUUAUGAUCAACGACUGUGGGCUGCGGAUAUUCAAGGAAGCAAGGCUUAUGCCAAGGCUUUGGAGAAGGCUGGGCUGCUAACAAAAUCAGAAAUGGAUCAAAUUCUAAAUGGAAUGGACAAGAUUUAUGAAGAAUGGAGCAAAGGGGCUUUCCUUAUCAAAGAAGGAGAUGAAGACAUUCAUACUGCCCAUGAACGAAGACUAAAGGAACUGAUUGGAGAAACUGCGGGAAAAUUACACACAGGUCGAAGCAGAAAUGAUCAGUCGGUGACUGAUCUGAGAAUUUGGCUGCGAGAUGAAAUUCCUGUUCUGAUGGGCCACCUGCACAUGUUGAUUAAAACAAUGGUGGAGAGGGCUGCUGUAGAGAUUGACAUCCUUUUUCCUGGUUAUACUCAUAUGCAGAGGGCCCAGCCAAUUCGAUGGAGUCACUGGAUACUGAGCUAUGCCACUGCCUUGUCUCGUGAUGCCGAGAGACUGGAUGAAGUUAGGAGAAGAACCAAUGUUCUACCAUUGGGAAGUGGUGCCAUUGCUGGAAAUCCUUUUCAGAUUGACAGAGAGUUUCUUCGUAAAGAGCUGCAGUUUGAUGCAAUUAGCUUGAACAGUAUGGACGCAACCAGUGAGCGAGACUUUGUUGUUGAGAUUCUGUUCUGGUGCUCCAUGUGCCUGAUACAUCUGAGUAAGAUGUCUGAGGAUCUAAUAAUUUACAACACAAAGGAAUUUGGAUUUAUAACACUGUCUGAUGCCUACAGCACAGGGAGUAGCCUGAUGCCCCAGAAGAAGAACGCCGACAGUUUGGAACUGAUUCGAAGCAAAGCUGGCCGUGUGUUUGGGCGGUGCUCUGGAUUUUUAAUGAACCUGAAGGGACUGCCAAGCACGUACAAUAAGGAUUUGCAGGAAGAUAAGGAGGGAAUGUUUGAAGGCGUCGACACCAUGAUCGCAGUACUGCAGGUGGCAAUGGGCGUAAUCUCUACACUACAGGUAGUAGUUUGCUCCUCUAAUCAUUGAAAGGUUGUGUGGCACAGUGGACU